GGCAGCCGGGCUGCAGACGGAGCCUCUGCUGCCCGCUUUGGCCAUCACUCACACCCUUCUCACGGCCGAGGGAACUACAGCCUGCCAAGAUGUGCAAAGGGUUAGCAGCGCUGCCCCACACGUGCCUGGAGAGGGCCAAGGAGAUCAAGACGAAGCUGGGCACACUGCUCCAGAAGCCUGACUCAACCAUUGACUUCAUCAUCCCCUACCCCGAGAAGCCAGAGAAGCCACCCAAGGCCCAGAAGCCCUCUCCAGAGGAGGCUCUGCAGUGGCGUGAUUCCUUGGAGAAGCUCCUGCAAAACCCCUAUGGGCUCGCCAGCUUCCGCAGCUUCCUGCGCUCCGAGUUCAGCGAGGAGAACGCCGAGUUCUGGGUGGCCUGCGAGGACUACAAGAAAACCAAGUCCCCUGUGAAGAUGGCAGAGAAGGCCAAAAAGAUCUAUGAGGAGUUCAUCCAGACUGAGGCACCCAAAGAGGUGAACAUCGACCACUUCACCAAGGCUGUGACCAUGAAGAACCUGGUGGAGCCAUCACCAACCAGCUUUGACAUGGCCCAGAAGAGGAUCUUUGCCCUGAUGGAAAAAGACUCCCUGCCCAGAUUUGUGCGGUCGGAGUUUUAUCAUGAGUUAAUCAAGUAGCAAUGCAGCAGGGCUGUGCAAGGCAUCCCUGCUGCUUCUGUCUAAACACCCGCCCCUUCUCCUGCAGCUGCUUUGCUUUCUCGAUACCACCUAGAGCACUCAGAGGUGUUGCUAAGCUCCUCCCCCCAUGCUUUGGACUGUCUGAUGUCCUGGUGUUUCCUCUCUUACUAUCUCUUUCCUCUCCCACAAAAUACCAAUUUGCAGAAACUCCCUGGAGUUGGGACCCAGCAGGCUGAGGGAGCAGCCCCAGCUCUGCAGUGACCAGGAGCCAUGUGGCCAGCUGACACAUCCCUGGUGCUGCGGAGCUUGGCAUUACCUGGAGGCUCUGAGGUGCUGAUUUUGCCUUCUUAGGGCUCCUUAGAAUAUGACAAUUUUUCUCACAGUGUUGCCCAUAUUGCCGGUUUGGCCCAGGCUCGCUCCCUUCUCCCACCUUCCCCGGCUGCUGCUGAGACUGCACAGGUACUCUGCAGGUGCUUCCCUCCCUGGCCAAGGUGAUGUGAGACACAUGCACUGCCCGAUUUGCAUCACCUUCCUUCCGAAAGCAGCCAGUCGGCUGUGACACAGGCACAGUGACAGCUGGCCAGGGACGGGGGCACGACAGGGACACCAGUGACCCUGACACGUACAGCAAGGAUGGCACUGUGACAAGGAGGGCAGGGACCGCUGUACGGCAGAAGCAGGUGCUGCAGGGUAUGCCUGGCUGGCACCAGGGGUGAGCAGAGCGAGCCUGUGGCACCUCUUCCCCAGCAGCUCCACUCGGAGUCAGCCUGUUUGCUUCCCUCUAAGUACAAAAACAAGAGGAUAAAAUGAGACCCGUUGGUCCAAAACACUGGGACUGCUUAGCAACCCAGAACUCCAGCUCACUCCAACCUUUGCACAGCACCCUGAGCUGCCAGGGCACAUCCUGCGCCACAUGCCAGUGCACAGCCCUCGUGGUGUGCUGGGAUGCAGCUCUGGGGGCUGCCACGGGGCUCUCUUGUUUCAGUUGCUUCUCUCUGCGGUAAGCGUGCUAAAGCAAUGCUCCUGCACAAACCCAGCAUCACACAGGAGGAAGGGAAGACAUGCUGGGGAAAAAGAAAUCUGAAAUUCCAGCUGUUUAGUUUCAAUUCAAAAAAUCCAAACCAAACGCAAACCCAUCAUUGGAAACAUGAAAAAGAAUCCCCUGGCUUCUAGAACAGAAUGUAGACCCUGCUGAGUUUGUGUAGCCUGCAUCUCUCUCUGCUGUCUCCUCCUAUCUACCCAGGCCAUGUGUUUCCAUAGGCUGUCUCUAAAAAGGACUAGCUACUUUCUAAUGAUUCAAAGCCAGGCCUCUGCUAAGAGAAUAAAUCAUACCUGAGGAUGGGGCAAGGGCACACAUGAAAAGCAGCCCACAGGGUCUCAUUUCAGCCUUGAGGGAAAUGUGACAAACCCCUGCUCCACAGGGCCCAGAUGGUUCGUCCCUGAGUUAGUUUCCUGAUGCAUCAUCCACAGGGUCAUGGCUUGCAAAGAGCUGCUUCAACCAGCAGCCUGACAGGUGCCAGCAAAACAUCCGUGGCCCUGCUGCCCACGGGCUUUUGGGGCUGCUCUGCCUCACUGCAAGUCAUGGGACUCUAUGCAAAAUGCAGUAACAUAAACAAUGGAUCUGCCAGCCCCUUCAAGAGUUUCAAAAUCUGAUCAAAACCCCGCCAGUCUCAAAUAUUUACACGUUGUCACUAUGGCAAUGAAGAAAAAUACAUCCCAAGCAGCAGGAAAUGGGCUGUGUUUUCCAGGCAGGAGUGGGGAGGCAGGGGAAGGAUGGAGGCAGUCCCAAAUGUGACUCUUUUUUUAAGCUCUGGAGCAAAAGGCCUGGGAAAGUCGGUGCUGGAGCAGCAGGGUCGAUGCUUACAGGCAUUCCCCUGGGGUGAAUGCAGAGGGUGGCUUGGGUGACCUAGAGAGCCCAAGGGAGCCCAUGAGCAGCAGGAGGGCCCCAUCAAAAGGGCACAGGAACCCUCCAGCAGUGUCCAUCGUUCAGGUGGGCAACAAGGGGGAGGCAGAAGCAGGGCUAGGUGCGGGACGGGGGGCUUGGCAGCCCCUCUGCUGCAGGGUGCUCCCCCCACCUCUGCCUGCACAUGCUCCCUGCACUCUCCCAAAGUCUCCAUGAACUGGUGUCAGUUCAAGUGGGUUCAGCAUGUUCAAGCUCCUCAUUUACAGCAUGACUCAGAAAAGCAAAACAGAACAGACUUCCCUGCAGGAAGACCUGGAUCUUUCAUUUCUGCUUAAUCCUUUGGCAGCUAUUUCCAGAUUCCCUCACAUGUUUCACAGUUAAAUGCCACCACCACCACUGCCAUAAAGUGGGGAAGCUGCUGGAGGCUCUUGCUAUGCACCAUCAAAUCCUGGGACGUCACUGCUGCAGCAAUGACACAUGGGGCAGGGAGAAGGUGUCUGGGUAUGUAUGUGCUGAAAAGAAAGGCACAGGCUGGAUUCAGGAGAAAUGCCACAGCUCUGUUAGCAACCCCUCCCUGGCUCAAUUUCGGUUAAAAUGUUGGAAGUCUACUUUGGGGGCUGCCCGUGAUCUACUGGGUGGCCAGAAAAUGUGGCCACUGAAGCGUUUUGGAGCUCUAGGGAAGUUGUGUUUGUGUAGAAGGGCCAUUUGGCUAAUUACCCCAGCAGGCUUGCCCAGAAAGGUGACAACACCUGUACCAGCCCCAUGGCCCAGCUUUCCAUCAGCCCAGAGGUAUUUGCUAUUGGGCUGAUGCCAACCAUCAUAUUUCAGGUAGGAGAUACUUCAUGUAUUUUAUCACUCUAGCUCUUGUGAAAUUUGGCAUAUAUAGCAGUAUAUAAACACAACAUGUACAUCUGUAUUCCUGUAUUCAUAUAUACACGUACACACACAUAUAUACUUGUAACAUGGGUAUCUUGACCCCCUGAGAGUCAGAGAGCCAAAAAGCAGAGUUUCCACACCAAAAAGAUGUGGUGCUUGGGGUCCAUUACAGAGAGGAGUGUGUGUGGGUUUUGCAUUGUUCUAGACCCUCUUGAGGGGAACCUUGGCCAUCCAGCUGAGAGAACACAAAGGUGCAUCCUUCAGGAUCACCCUGUGCCCGUGGCCUCUGUGUGCCAUCCUGGCACCUGGGCUGGUGCAGGAGGCAGGUCUCGUGCCCCUCCAGGGACCCCUAUCUCUGCCGUGGGGCAAGGCAGCCCCACGCUGCAGCCAGGGGCAUGGGGCACCAGGCACUGCCUCCAUGCCACCCUGGCACCCACUCCCUGCCACAGGCACAUGUGGAAACUGGCUCCCUGCAGCUGCAUACCCCAGAGGGACACCAGAGGAUGGUUCGAUGUGUGUUUUAUGGUGACUUCAGCAACCUGGAGCCUCGCAUCUCGUCAGUCACAGGGAGAACCACACAGCCCUUGCCCUGUGUGCUGAGGCUGGGCACCACCAGGGCUGCCCAGCCCCAGACUUGGGCACUGCCAAAGCCCAGUGGCUGAAAGUGUCCCAGAGCUCAUCCAGGCUCCCCUCAGGCCUUGGUCGCUCCCUGGAGGGUGCUGCAUGCUCUGGCCAAGGGCUGGAGCAAAGGCAGGAGGGCGCAUCAACUCCUCCCACCCACGAGCUGCAGGUUUUCAGUCUGGAGUUCUCCAUGGGAUAGUCAUGUGGGGAAGAUGUGAGGAGCUGGCGUGCACUGAGGAGUUGUGUUCACCCAUAUUCAUGUACCACUCAGUAAUCCACACAUAAACAUGUAUUUCUGCUACUGUCUCAAUA